UGCUGGUGCUGGUGGUGGAUGGUCACUCGGUUCCCGGCGCUGAGGCAGCGAGCACGCGCCUCACCUGCGGCAACGCACGCGCGAUAUUUACCGCACUUUUAAUUAAUUAGUGAGUGAGAGUUUUUGUGAGGAUCGCAGCGGCGCGGAACCGCAGUUAUUUGCGGACUUUACACUCCUUCUUCGUUUGCAAUUGAUCGGAGAAUGUGCCUUAACUUCUGACUGAUAGCUCGGCCGGCACCGGCAUGGCGUACUACCGCUGCGGACCGACGGCCAUCGGCAGCCGCGCCUCCUGGUCGGUGACGUCGCCUACCGACCAGAACACCUUCGAGCGGCCGCUCAGUGGGAACUUCGACAGGAUCUUUAAUGCGUUUGAGAGGACUAAUGCGUUCGAGUACGUGCGCAGUACUUUUGAGGGAGGGUCGGAGGAGCGUGGCGCGGGGCGGGCUGAGGCGCUGGUGCGGCGCGUGAGCAGUAGCUAUGAGCGCGCCGACUGCGCACUGGCGGCGCAGGCCCCCAGCGCUGCCGACGAGGACUACUACAGGGAGAAGAUUCUGUACUCGCAGGCGAGGCAACUCUUCCCGCUGCAGGAGGACCUCGCCGACUGGAUCAAUAAAACUAUCGGCACGACGUACCUGACGGGGGACAACUUUCUGGAGGCGCUGGACAACGGCGCUGAGCUGUGCCAGCUGGCGGCCGUCAUACAGCAGCGCGCCAGGGAGGCACUCGACCAGGGCCUCGUCGUCGGGCCGGUGCCGCAGCUGCGCGGGCGGUGCUGGCAGAGAGCCGCGAGACGCAGUUUCUUCAGCCGCGACAAUGCCGACAACUUCCUUACCUUCUGCCGCGACCUCGGCGUGCAUGAGAACCUUCUCUUCGAGAGCGAUGACCUAGUGCUGCACAACCAGCCGCGGCAGGUGGUGCUGUGCCUGCUGGAGGUGGCGCGGCUGGCGACGCGCUACCGACUGGAGCCCCCGGGGCUGGUGCAGCUGGAGCGGGAGAUCGCGCAGGAGGAGCGCGACUCCGGCCUCGACUCCGCCAUGUCCACCGCCGCCUGGCAGUUCCGCGACCUCACGCCGCCGCCGCACGACCCACGCGACACGCAGCCCGACGAGACACACAAGCAUACAGCAGAGCCAUCCGCGACGUCACAGGACCAGAAUGAUUGCCAGCUGGGCGCAGACAACACGGACGCGGAGAGCACGCGCUCUGACGCCGCCAGCAGCGACUCCGACGUCCCUCUCAGACCCACCAACGAGCUCGACAAGCGGGUGGCGCUGGUGACUCGGCUGCUGGAGCGCGGCUGCAGCUGCUCCUCCGCGCGCUGCUCGCGGCUACUCAAGGUCAAGAAGGUGGGCGAGGGUCGCUACAACAUCGCCGGCAGGAAUGUCUUUAUACGGCUUCUGAAGGGGCGGCACAUGAUGGUGCGCGUGGGCGGCGGCUGGGACACGCUGGAGCACUUCCUGUCGCGCCACGAGCCCUGCCAGGUGCGCCUCGUGGCGCCCGCGCACAUGGCCGGCGCCCCGCCCUCGCCCCUCCCCGCACCUCUCCCCGCCGCCGCCGCAUCCCCCACGCCGGACCUCCCGCUCGACGAGCUCGACGCGAAGCUAUCUCCCAUUAGAAUCUCCCCGGCCACCAGCAAAACCUCAGUAGCCAGCAGGGACCGCUCCGGCACCACCACACCGGUAGAUAGCAAAGCUUCCACUAGCGGCAAGUCUUCCCCGACGGGCGGGGCCGCUCCGAGCAAAAAAGAAGGCGGCGUGGUCUCUUCCACGCCGAACAAGGCACGCCUAAAGUCCGCACUCACGCUGCCCAUUAAAGCGGAGCCCCCGCGCGCCCGCAAGCAGUCCGCACCCAGCUUCAGCACCCCCAACACGCCCACCAAUCGGUCGACCCGCGCCCCCGGCGAGCUCCGAAAGUCUCUCACUUCCAACACUUUGCUAAACGCGCCAAAGAAAUCUAGAAGUAUGAGCCUCGGGAUGCAGAAGGACGACAAGCCGAGCGGCGCGGAGCGGCCGGUCAAAGGCAAGAGCCGCAGCACGACCGUGACGCCGGCGCCCACGCCAACGCUCGGGAGCCGCAAGACGCGCAGCCAGAGCCUCGCCUCCACGCCCGUCAACGAGCCGCGCAGGACCUUCGCCGCGAGUAACGGACACGCCAAGAAGACGCGCAGCAUGAGCCUGGCCACGACGGCGGACUUCGGCAAGCCGCUGGUGAAGAGUGUGUCGCUGUCGACGGGCGGCGCGCCGAUGACGCAGGCCGCCAUCGAGGAGAGCAUCCGACUGUCGCUGGCCGCCACGCUAGUCGACGACUCCUGCCCCAAGAGGCCCUUCCUGCACAUCAAAGCCAAAUACAGAAGUCCGCCGCCGCGGGAAGUUCCCCCCAGAUAACUCCGCUCCGUGCAUUCCACUAGUUGUACAGUCUGACGCGAGGCCGAGGGGCCGGGGGCGGAGCCGGGGGCCGCGGGGCCGGGAGAGCCUCACAUCGCGAGCUAAGCAUUAAGUAGAUCUCCUAAGUAAUCUCAUUUGUUUAACCACGUAGCUAUAAGUUGCAAAUCACGUUUAUUAACUCGAAGGAAGCCUAGUCAUAAUGAGUUCUUUUUUAAUAUUGUAUGUACUUUUAAUUGUAAUUUAAUCGUCAUCAUAAUUUCAGUAUCAUUUUUAAUUUUUUAUUUAAUUUAUAAUUUUUUUAAUCGAUAGUCGAUACCAACAUUAUUAUUUUCAAAAUUUAAAUUGAUAUUUGUUAAAGUUUUAGAAGCGCUGCCAAUCGCGCUUCGUGGUGUAAUAAAAUAUUUUCAGUUUUAUUUUGUUUUGUUUUUUUUUUAUUAUUAAUUAAAAUUCUAUACCGUGCAAUGCUGAAUGCUUACUUGCGUAUUUGUAACGUAUUUUUCAAAAAACUAUGCUAAUAAGUACCUAUUUGCUAACUUUUAAGUGUUGUUAAUUAUAUCGCAUUUCAUUAAUUGCAGCAGCGUCAAAUUGCACUUAUUUUAGUAAAAUCUUAGCUAAGAACUUCAUAAAAUCAAUCUCAAGGGUACAAAAAUGAUUAAGUCCACAUAUAUUUUCGUAAAAUAGAUAAAAGAAAUAUUUUUGCACUAUAGCAAUAGUUAGGGCACAACAACACCAAACAACCA